UCAGUAUUGAACGCUUGAUUGUUAUCGUUCAUUUUCGGUCUAUGCUUUCAUUUUGGAAAUUUGUUAUAUAAUAAAUUUUCAAAAUUAUUAUAUAAAUAUUCAGUGUUUUAUAUUUGUCAAAAUUAAAUUAUAGUAAUGAAUUAUUUAAAAUAUUGCGAUUUUGUUUAUACUUCAUGGAUUGCGUAGUCAAAAUGUUCAAUAUAUAUAUUAUUGUUUGUACACAUUACUACUACUCUUCCUCUCAUUUAGUGCAAUAAUCGUAUUGAUUCGAUCUAAAUCUGAAUAAUUUUAAUAUGUCCGACAACGGAAGGAGAUAUGAAUUACAUGAAGCAGUUUUUGAAAACGAUCUAAUGAGAGUAGCAGCAGCUCUAAGAACGCAUGAUGUUGCCCAAAAAGAUGUGCAUGGUAAUACACCACUUCACAUUGCUGUCAUGAAAGGGCACAAAGAAUGUGUUCAACUACUCCUCGCUCAUAAUGCCCCUGUGAAAGUAAAAAAUAAACUCGGUUGGAGUCCUUUAGCUGAAGCUAUAAGCUAUGGAGAUCGACAAACCAUAUCAUCACUCAUUCGUAAAAUGAAACAGCAAUCUCGUGAAUCCAUGGAAGUGAGAAGGCCAGAUUUGACUUUAGCCCUUAGUCAAAUAGGCAACUUUUUCAUGGAGCUAAAAUGGGAUUUUCAAAGCUGGGUCCCACUGGUAUCUAGAAUUCUGCCUUCUGAUGUCUGUCGAAUACAUAAAAAAGGAUCAAACAUAAGGUUAGAUACCACUUUAGUCGAUUUCAAUGAUAUGAAGUGGGAGAGAGGAGACAUCAGUUUCAUUUUUAUGGGAGAUAGGAAACCUUCUCAUUCGUUAGUUGUCUUGGACAACAAACUCAAAGUUUAUCAAAAGAUGCGUUAUGAGGAAACAGAAGGUGAGAUUGAAGAUGAAGUUGACAUUUUGAUGAGUAGUGAUGUGGUGGCAGCUCAGAUAUCGACCAAAUCUAUUACUUUUUCUCGCGCUCAGUCUGGGUGGCUUUUCCGGGGUGAUAAAACGGAGAAAAUAGGACUUUUCCUUGCUGAUGUAUAUGUAGUCAAUGGAUUGUAUUUAGAAUCCAAAAAAAGGCGAGAGCAUUUAACCAAUGAGGAUUUGCAGAAAAAUAAAGCAUUGUUGGAAAAUUUAGCUAGGAAUGGCAAUUUCAAUGUGGAUAAUGCAGAGCUACAAAGGAGAAAGUCUCUGCUUCCUCCUGAAAAGUGGCCUAUAACUUGGGAUGAAUAUAUAAAUUCAAAUGAUCAGUAUAUUCAUCUGGGAAGACCUAUGGUGUGCAAGGAAACGCGUAAACAUUUCAAGGCUACAGUUGCUAUGUCUGAAGAUUUUCCUCUAUCAGUGGAAUCUCUUCUAAAUGUACUGGAGGUUAUUGCACCAUUUAAGCACUUUAAGAAGCUACGGGAUUUUGUUCGCAUGAAACUUCCUAGUGGUUUCCCGGUGAAACUUGAUAUCCCAAUCCUCCCUACUGUGAGCGCAUGCAUUACAUUCCAAGAUUUCCGGUUCAACAUAGAAAUUCCCGAUUCUUACUUUGAAAUCCCUAGAGAUUACAUAGAGGACCCCACACGUUUCCCUGAUUUAUGAUUGUCGUGUUCCUUACCAUUUCCAAUGUUUGUUGAAUUUGCACUAGUGAUUGUAUAAGAUAAUUUAUGUUUACUGUAUAUUUAUUCCCACAUUUUCCAAUGUACAGACGUGAAAAUAAGCUACCUGAGUAGCUCAAAAUAAUAAGCUACCUGAUAAGCUCAAUCAUUUCAAAUUGCCAUUCUUGAGAACUCUCUUUUUCAUUACAAAUCAUCUCAUAACGACUGAAUCUUUUUUAGUCAUUCUAACAGAACUUAUUUUUUAAAUGGGGUGGAUAUUAUUACGUGUGUAAAUAAAUAUCCAAAGUUUUUAAAAAACAUAUAUUUUCGGCAAACAGCUUAAGCUUUUUCUCAAGCUACACAAUGUGCAAUGGCUGUCAAGAAAGUUGUUAUUUGAUUAUCUUGAUAAACUUUCAAAUCAAUCAAUAAAAAGCAUUGUUUUUUCUAUCCCACCAAUUAAAUUCCGGUUUUUUUCUCUUUUCUUUAAUAUCAAAGCAUAUCUUUCCUCUCACGUCACUGAGAUUAUGUAAAAUUUGAAAAUGCACCGGUGUGUAUUACCACUUUUUAGCCUGGAAUAUACUUUGUGAUUGGUGUCUUAACAAGUUGUUGAGGAUGUGUUUACGUUAGUCAUGUUUCAAUCACAUUAUUUAGUGUAUAUAGUAUAUUUGUUCACAAAGCAUGUUCAAAGCUUAUUGAUCAAAGAAUUAUAAUUUUAUAUUUGUGAGAGUUUUAAUCCUUAUUGUUACUAGAAUGUUAACAAGUUCUCCAAUUUAUUACUUAAGUUCCUUUCGUACAUUUUUGGGCUGGAUUCCCAGAAUGCGAGUUAUGUAAUUAUGUUUUAGAAUUAUAUCAAAACAGUUAUGUGUCUGUUUGUGAUCAUAAUGUUUUUAUUUCAGAUUCUGUAUAUAUAAAUAUUGUUUGGUUUUUAAAUAUCUAUCAUUUUAAAAUUUGAAUAAAAUAUUUUAAUCUUG